UGACGUUUCACCACUUCCUGUUUGGGUUCCAACGCAACAAUCAUGGCGGAAUUAAACCGACAGCUUCAGGAAUAUUUAGCCCAGUCCAAGAGCGGUGCAAAGACAAUAUCGCAGUCGAGCUCCAGCACCACUGUGAACAUCGAUGACGCCGACAGGGGUGCACCGGGAAGCUGGUUCGGUCGGUGGUCGAGUUCGUUCUCGGGACGCGGCGGAUCUUCGACAGGCCCGAGCUCGAGCAGCGGGUUUUCCUGGCCGUGGUCUGCGGAACCCGAUCCGUGUCUGCCGGGUAUGAGUCGGUCUCAGCGGAUGGUCGCAUUCGGGGUGUGUAUCUUAUUUUCGGCGCUGUGCUUCGGGCUCUCGGCUUUGUAUGCGCCGCUGCUGUUACUGAAGGCGAGGAAAUUCGCCCUGCUGUGGUCGCUCGGCUCGCUUUUCGCGUUGAUCGGCGCCGCCAUCCUGCGCGGACCGAGCCGCUUGAUCGCCGCCCCGUCCCCGGGGGCCGUGAUAUACCUGUGCUCGCUGGGGGCGACGCUCUACGCGGCGCUGGGGCUCCACAGCACCAUGCUCACGGCGCUCGGAGCCAUCGUGCAGAUCGGCGCUAUAGUGGGCUACAUGGUGUCUCUGGUGCCCGGUGGCAGCGCGGGGAUGAGGUUUGUCGGUGGAAUGGCUGCAUCGGCUAUCAAAAGGACAGUGACCGGAAAAACCAUGCCCAUAUGAGCACAACAAACUACAGGACUGAACACUAAGAAUGUCUUUUAAAUCUUGGGAUGCUUAAUGUAUUAAUCUGGUGUGCAGAUUAUACGUCAGUAGACUGGUUUCUGCGUUUAUCUGGAUUAAAUGGAAACUAAUUCAGAUUGUUCCACUGUGAAAUGAGGACCAAAGUAGUACUUAUGCACGUCUAACACAUUUCGUGACUUUGUAAAUAAAGAUUCGUGGAGAUUAACAGUG